AUGUUCGCGAUGUUCAACAUCGUCAUGCUUGGCAUGUUGGCUCAGAUCCUCCCGCUCGCUGAUGGAGUUGACUCCGUGAACCCGCGCAUAAGACAUGUCCACUCGCCCUACGUCGUUCGGCAGCAUUUCCAGACGCCUGUCAAACCGUAUACUCCCAGAGCUACCCAGAGGAAGCACCAGGUCCCAGGUCCAGAACAGUUAGAAUAUGCAACGCACUUUUUCGCCAAAUCCAGGCAUUCGCCUAUACACCUUUGGACUACCAACCUGUUUCGCAAGAUCCCCGAAUCAGACACGCCGGAGGUGGUGUUUAUGGGCCGGUCUAAUGUUGGUAAAAGCUCGGUAAUUAACAUGCUGGUCGGGGAUAAUAUUUGCUUUACAUCAGCCACGCCUGGCCGGACGCAAACUAUGAAUGCAUUUGCAGUUGGAGGGAGGAAAGGAGGCGAAUCGAAGAUCAAUAUAAUUGACUCCCCGGGAUAUGGCAAGGCCAGUCGGCCGGAAUGGGGGCAUGAGCUGAUGAAAUAUCUAAGUAAAAGAAAACAGCUCAGGAGAGUAUUCCUCAUAAUCGAGUCCAAAGCUGGCGUUAAAACCUCCGAUAAAGAGGUCCUUUCCAUCCUCCGAGAAUUUACCGUCCCUCACCAAAUCAUCGUCAGUAAGGCCGAUGGCUUUCUGACUGCGGGCAGGACAGACCAUAAGGGCUAUAGCUCAUCCAAAAUUAAGCGGUUCCGCGAUGUUGUCCGGCAAAUAAGAAAGGAGGUGACGCCUAUCACGCGAGAUGACGGGAUUCCACCUCUGGGCGACAUUCUAGCCUGCAGCACGAAGAUCCGUGUUGGCGAAGGUCAUCAUAAGAUUCCCCUGGGUAUCGAUGCGUUGCAGUGGGCUAUUAUACAGGCUGCUGGCCUUGAUCAUCUGCCAUCUCAAGCUUCCAUUUCCUUGCCGAAACAGAGCCUAGAGGCAGAGGGAGACAAGGGCGGAGAAGGGAGUGCGGGUGGCGUCAAGGGGUAA